AUGGAAGAUAUAGGGCCUAUCUCAGCCUCUGAACAAGGGUCCUUUUGUAUGAAAUUGAUGAAGCGCCUCAACAUUCAGCGUAAACAAGACUAUUUGUGCGACAUUACCCUGGUGACGAACGACAACAGAGAGUUUAAGGCUCACAGAAAUGUUCUUACCGCCGCAAGUCCGUUCUUUUGCAAGCUUCUUCAGAGCGAUAUGAAGGAGAAUCGCGACGAUAUCAUUCGAUUGAAGGAGAUUUCAGGAUCUGUUAUGGAAGAUGUUUUUGAAUUCAUCUAUACUGGAACUGUAGAAGUAACUCGGGAGAAUGCUGAGGAACUGGUCGUCGCAGGGAAUUUUCUGAUGAUACCGAGCUUGAAAACGCUUUCAGGGCGGUUUUUGGAACAAGAAAUGUCCCACAUGAACUGUAUUUCAACCUUUUAUUUCGCUGAGAAAUACGAUUGCGAAGAGCUUAUUACCAACAGCAGGUGUUUUAUUCACGAAAACAUGGUUUCCGUGGCAAAACUGGAUGAAUUUUUGCACCUGGAAGUUAAAGAUAUCGAGAGGUGGAUUUCGUCGGACGAGAUAAUCGUUAAAGAAGAAGCUGAUGUAUUUAAAAUCAUACUAGACUGGGUUAACUACAGAAAGAGCGAGCGAAAAACAGCAUUUGAACAAUUGUUCGGUCAUGUUAGACUGGCUUUUCUGUCUCGUGACUGUUUGCAGAAUGUCGCGACAAACGAACUUGUUCGUGACAGCGUUGUUUGUUUGGGGCUGACAGAAGAUGCUAAUAUGAAGAUGGCUGCUGUUGUCGAUGACGAUGAUCUCCCUCAAUCACCGAGAAAGGGUCACGAUACACGUGUUAUUGUAGUUCGUGGGGGCAAGUACACUUUUUGUUAUCUCCCUGAGGAGGACUUGUGGAAGCGUUUACCAGAUGGUCUUAAGGAAAACGCUUGUUUAACUCAGAUGAUAAAAUUUCGUGAUCAUCUGUUAACCUUCGCCAAUUAUCAAAAUGCAGAGAGUUACAAUCCUGUUUUAAACGAUUGGUCCGAGCUAAACUUGAGCGCAGAUUCUGCAAAGGUGGCCGUUCUUAAAGGAAGAAUGUACGUUGUUAACGUUGGCAUAAGGAGUUCUACGAAGAGGUACAACGAACAAGAAAAUGCAUGGGAGACCCUUAUCUCAUCUGAUGGACGACAGUGUAGAAAGGAUGCUUGCGUUGUUGCAGCCGGCAGCCAUCUGUAUGUGUUUGGUGGUAGAAAUCCAGACACAGGGGAUUACUUUACCAAAGCUGAGAGAUUCGAUACCGUGGAGACCAGGUGGGAGGAAAUCGCACAGAUGCAAGAAGAAAGAAGCGAAGCUUUCGGAGUGGCCUCUCAAGAAAAAAUCUUUGUUGCUGGAGGAAUAAGCAGGAGAGGGAUAUUACAAACUUGUGAGAUGUACACUACGUCAACAAAUGAGUGGCAAUGUAUUGCGAACUUAAAUGUUCCACGUUAUAAUGGUAGUAUGGUUUGUCUAAAUGGGAAGUUGUACGUACUGGGUGGGAGAACGAGGAAACAAACUGAACUGAGUGCUGAAUGUUUUGACACUGCAAAGGACCAAUGGAUCCACAAAACAACCAUACCAAACAUCGACCCAAGAAAUAAAAACUUAUUCACUGGCUCAGUUUUAAAGCUUUCCAGAGAAUUACUAGACAAACUUGAUUUUGUUAGGCAGUAGUUACUCCGACACCUUACAGCUUUAGGAUUAGUCAUGAUGUUAAUGGCAGACAGCAGAGACAGACAUUCGUUUUUCGUUGUCUUAAUUUGGGAGCUCACUCAGGCUGUGUUAAAUCGAAGAUCCCUUCUGAUUAAUUACCGUUUUUCUGUAAACUUUAUACUUUGAACUCUCUCACUAAAGAUGACACUUUGCGUUGUCAUGUUAACAGCACCUGACUUCUAACUCGUUAAUUAUCCUUCACUGCUGAGCACCUUUCACACUAAAUUCUUCUCAAAUCAAAACCUUAGUAUUGGUUGAGUGAACGUAGGGGAGUACCAGCGCCCAAGAGAG